GCCGAGCCGCCGCGAGAUGAGCAGCCCCGAUGCGGGCUACGCCAGCAGCGACGACCAGGCGCAGGGGCGGUGCUCGCUGCCCAUCAUGAUGCCGGCCAUGUGCCCGUGGGCAGAGUCGCUGAGCCCGCUGGGCGAGGCGAAGGCGAAGGGCGGCGCGGCGCCGUCGGGCGGCCGGAGCAAGGGCGAGGCGCGGAUCCGGCGUCCCAUGAACGCCUUCAUGGUGUGGGCGAAGGACGAGCGCAAGCGGCUGGCGCAGCAGAACCCGGACCUGCACAACGCCGAGCUGAGCAAGAUGCUGGGUAAAUCGUGGAAGGCGCUGUCGCUGGCGGAGAAGCGUCCGUUCGUGGAGGAGGCGGAGCGGCUGCGGGUGCAGCACAUGCAGGACCACCCCAACUACAAGUACCGGCCGCGGCGGCGGAAGCAGGUGAAGCGCCUGAAGCGGGUGGAGAGCGGCUUCCUGCAGCACGGCCUGGCGGAGGCGGCGGCGGGGCCCGGGCCGGGCGGCGAGCUCGGCGGCGGCGGCGGCAGGAUGUGCGCCGAGGGCCUGGGACUGCCGUACGGCGAGCAGGGCUACGCGGCGGCGGGCGCGGGCCACUACCGGGACUGCGCGCCGCUGGGCGCCGCGUUCGACGGCUACAGCCUGCCCACACCGGACCCGUCGCCGCUGGACGCGGCGGAGAGCGAGGCGCCCUUCUUCGCGGCGGGGCUGCAGGAGGAGUGCGCGCUGGUGCCCUACGGCUACGGCCCGCACCCGGCGGCCGCCGAGUACCCGGCGGCGGCGUCCGAGAGCCCGUCGGGCGCGUCGCUGCGGCGGCACCUGCCGCCCGGGGAGGCGCUGGGCGCGGGCGGGGCGCUGCAGGCGCUGCUGGGCUGCCCGGCGCCGCUGCACGCGUACUACGGGCAGUGCCAGCCGCCGGGCCCGGGGCGCGGCCCGCCGCCGCUGCCGCCCGGGGCCGUGGGGCAGCCGUCGCCGCCUCCCGAGACGGCGCCGUGCCGGGAGCAGCUGGAGCAGCUGCCGCCGGAGGAGCUGCUGAGCGAGAUGGACCGCACCGAGUUCGAACAGUACCUGCGCUUCGCCUGCAAGCCCGAGCCGGGGCUGUCCUUCGGCGGCCACGACGCGGCCGCGCUGUCGGCGCCCGAGGGCGCGGCUCCCGUCUCGUCGGCCGUGUCGGACGCCAGCAGCGCCGUCUACUACUGCGGCUACCCCGACUUGUGAGGGGCUCGCUGGGCCGCGGCACGGACACUGGCAGGGGGGCGCCCGGCCCCGCUCCUAUUUAUGUAAUUUAUUUGAAUCUCCUUGGGAUCGUUCCACAAACUUUUGUCUGGGCGGACAUAACGGGAUUAUCCUGGAUGCCACAAGCCUCGUUCGAACUCUUUUUUGCCCGGUGUUGAUGGAAUGUUUACAUCUUUUCUUCCUUUCGUUCAUGUGCAUAAUUGUUGACAUUUCUGCAAAAUCAGCAGUUUUGCUUGUCUGCCUGGGGCGUGUUUCUAGGUGUGUUUUUAAAUAUAUCUGUUUUUUUCUUUUGUAUUUCCGGAAAAUAAAUGAAUGUACAGCUGUUUCAGUCAUUCUUCCUGGCCACGUGGCUUUUGAGGGAGAGUAAUCUUAAAUUAAAUCUCUUAUGCCCUAAGGCGAUGCUUUCCGAUGGCAGAUACGGGUGUGAUUCUUUCACUAUGGCAAUGGUUCUCAAACGGCCUCCAGGACCAAAGGUGUUUUUUUUCCCAGGUGUGGCUGUAUUCUUAGCACAUAGCUUAAUGGUCAGAUCUCUGCUGCUGGUCUAUCUCUUGGAGUACAGAACUUGUGGUUGUACUUGUGUGCGUUUUGUAGUUUUGUUUUUUUUUUUUUUUUUUGUUUCCUUCUGAUUUGAGUACCAACUGAAUUUGCAUUAAUGCACUUGGAAAAAUCCUCCAGUCUGCAACAAAGAAAGCUAGGUAAGUUUGAGAUACUAAUUUUAAAGUGUGCCUGGAAAUACAUUGGUUUUGGAAAAUUGUAGAUGGAAAGGUGAGUUUGCUGUACAUAGUGACUUUUGUUUGAACUGAAGGAUUCACAGGCAGGAUUGAAGCUAUAUGUAGAAAUUAUAUUACUUUCUGACACCUACCUUCACAUCAGUUCAUGCCAUUUAAUGCCAUUGGGUUCAUGCUCAGUUUAUACCAGUGAGGAGAGAAAACAGUGCAGCUCAAGUGCUCAUCUCAGAUUCUACUGAGUAUCAAUUAACCAUUAAAAUGGGUUGGGUUUUUUUAGCAUGUUCACCUGUGCUCUGCUGUGACAUUUCUGCCACUCCAAUGGUACAACUACACCAUCCCUCUUCUGAUGUUCACAAGAUGUUGGCUGGAGUCAACUUACAAUAAUUGUCGUGGAGAGGUUCAGGUAUUUUAAUUUGCAAAUUACAAUUCAAAAGUUAUAGGAAUAAAAAAAAAUAUUUUUGUGUAA